AUGACUCAAGCAAUGCCACCACUUCGUCUUAUUGCACAACCAAAAGCAUCAUAUCGAGAACGAUAUAUAUGUGAAACAGAUCGUCGUCGCAAUCGAGCUCAACGUUUUGUUCGUGCCGACAAUAAUCCAAAUCGACUUGUUUAUCCAACUAUUGAAAUCCCAAAUGAAUGGAUAAUAAAACGUCAACAAACGUUAUAUAUUCGUUUAACUCUUGUUACUGUUCCAAAUGAACGUGUACCUGUGAGAUGUGUACAUCCUUAUCCGAUUGAUACAGAAGAUGUUAAUGUCAUUAAAGAUCCAUCGUCAAAUUCUCUCUAUUUUCCACUAUCAGAUGAUGAAUUACUAACUGGUCAAAAAAGCUUUCAAUUUACUCAGAAAAAACUUACUAAAUAUCAAUUAAAUAGUCAUGCACCAUUAAGAAUUUUCAAUUCUGAGGACAAAGAUGAAGAACGUCUUGAAGACCAAACCGAUGCUAGAAAAUUAAUCGAAACCUAUGAAUUAAGACAUUCACAAUUGGUUUUUUCAAUAGCUGUUUUUCAAAAUGAUACUCAAUUACCAGUUAUAUACGAUAUUUCCACUGUGUUUUCACAUCGAAUGACUGCGAUUACAACAACCAUACACGAUGACGAUAGUAGUUUUCGAUGUUCACCGCAAAGCGGCGAUGCGCAAGGUGGAGAAGAAAUAAUUAUGGUUGUUCCAAAAAUCGAUAAAAGAAAAUCAUUUACUGUUCGUUUUGUACAUCCUCUAAUAGAUUCAAGAUCUUGUACUAAUCUUGAAUUUCUUGAUACAAAAACCAUCCUAUUUUAUACACCAGCAUGUCCAGUACCAUUAACAAGAGAUAACCCGACAAUUUCAAUUCCGAUUGUUGUUACUCAAAACAACCUGGAGAUUGCACGAGUUGAUUUUGUUUAUCAAUCAUCAAAUAAAUGUCUGGCUUGUGGCUCAAACUUAAUUUUUACAAAUGUUAAUACACAAAAUAACAAGAAAAGAUCAUUUACAGAAUUUGAUGAAGCCGAUACAAUUAAAUUUAGUAAACUAGCACGUGAUCGAACAAGAAAAAAAGAAUUCGAUCAUUCUCAUAUACAGAAUUUAAUUAUCCCAACACAGAAAUUGACACCUAUCAAAUUAGAUAAUCAAUUUCUAUUGUGCAAUAAACAAACAAGUAAUUUUGUUGAACAAAAAACUAAUCAAAAUGAAAUAUUAUUAUUAUUCAAUACAACAGAAUUAAAUCAAAACGGAUCAGUGAAAACAAUUUUUAAAAAACAACCUAGACAUCUUAAACAAGUUGGUAAUAAGGGAAAUAAUUUAUUACAUGUAUUGACCGAUGUAUCCAAAGACAAUGCUAAAGAGACAAUUGAAAAUAUUGCAUCUAUAUUAGAUGAUGAAACAAAACAGUAUUUUCUAUCGAUGUUAAAUCCAGAUCAACAUACACUGAACUAA